AUGACGGCGUGCUUGGCCGCCGACAACGCCAGGGAUGCCGCCUUCUUCCAGGAGCACCUCGGCCUGGUGCGCGGGACCAGCGUGCCCCUCUACUGGAUCAAUGCGCAUUGCGACCAGGCGUGCCUGAUGGAGCGUGCCCAGAGCUCUGAGCGUAUCCUCUCGAGCAAGACGAAGCUGACAGAAGCGUCGAUCCUGCGCGAGCUGGUGAACGCGCACCGCCUGAUUGAGCCGGAAGAGUCAGGCGACGCAUCGACGAAGCUGGUCAUCCGUUCUUUGGAUAUGAACGGGGAGAUCGACGAGUCCGUUCAUCGUCUGAUAGUUGGUCUGCCGCAGGGUGUCGAGGUGGGGUGA